AUGGUGACUCCUCUGCGUAAUGAAAUUCGCGACUUAAAAUCCGAAUUGGCGAUUGUCCGGCGAAAGUGUAAUGAGAACGAACAGUGCUCUCGUAGAGCAAAUAUUCGUAUUUUCGGAAUUCCCGAAGAAAAAGAUGAAGAUUGUAUGAAGAAAACCUUGGCCUUUCUUAACGAACAGCUUGGCUUGACGUUUAAAGAAAGCGACGUCGACAGAGUUUACAGAGUUGGUCGGCCAAGAAUGAAUGCUACACGUGCCAUGAUAGUGAAGUUUAUGGCCUAUCGAAGUAAAGUACAGGUAUUGAAAAUUAAGAAGAUAAAACUUGCUGGAAAAAAAUUGUAUAUAAACGAAGAUUUGACCUAUUGUAAUCUCAGACACCUACAGCAAGCCCGAGAAGAACACAAAGACUGUCCU